AUGUCUGGACUAAGGGUUCUGAUUCCCGUCAAGCGGGUCAUCGACUAUGCAGUCAAACCGCGCGUGAAUCGCGCGCAAACAGCCGUCGAAACCACAGGCGUCAAACACAGUAUGAACCCUUUCGACGAGCUCUCCAUUGAAGAGGCCGUUCGCCUGCGCGAGCGCAAAGUCCCCAUCGCCGAAAUUACCGCCUUCACCGCCGGCCCCACAAAGUCGCAGGACAUGCUCCGUACUGCCAUGGCCAUUGGCGCCGACAAAGGCAUCCAUGUAGUAGUUGACGAAAAGGGACCUGAGUUGGAACCUCUGGGCGUUGCCAAACUGCUAGCAAAAGUCGUCGAGGAGCAAAAAAGCGAUCUGGUCAUCUUGGGAAAACAAAGCAUUGAUGAUGACGCUGGACAGACGGGACAGAUGCUCGCGGGGCUCUUGGGAUGGUCUCAGGCUACGCAGGCUUCCAAAGUGGAGAUUGCGGACAAGACGGUUACGGUUAUGAAAGAGGUGGAUGGCGGCGUGGAGACGGUCAAGGCGAACUUGCCCAUGGUCAUCACGACGGAUCUUCGCUUGAACGAGCCGAGAUACGCCAGCUUGCCCAACAUCAUGAAGGCGAAGAAGAAGCCGCUAGAGAAGAAGACCUUGGCGGAUUAUGGGCUGGAUGUUGAGCCCAGAUUAAAGACGGUCAAAGUCACGGAGCCGCCUCCAAGGAAGGGUGGUGUGAAGGUGGAAGAUGUAGAUGGCAUGAUUGGCAAGCUGAAGGAGCUGGGUGCGUUGUAA